AUGGUCGAAGGCAAUGUAGGCGACGUCAACCUCGUCGAGUGGUCGCAUGAGCUCGAUCGAUGUCUCCUUCGCUUCGCUUUUCGUCCACUAUGCGCAAGCGUUGAGAAAGAGCAAAGCGCCCACUUUCUCUACAAGCUCGCUUACUCGCCGCUCCGCAAAGAGGUUGGGCUUCUUUUGCUCGACUCUGACGCAUGUACUGCAUUCUACGAAGGCAUCUCGCUUCGAACCCUCGAACGUCGUACCCGCAUUCAUCAGCCACAAGAGGAUGUGGCAACCUCGACCGAUGACGCGGCUCGACUCGCUCACCUCAUCGACGCCAUUCACCAUGCACUCGAUCCAACAUCAGCGCUCGAUACCGCGCUCAAGAUCUCCAUCGGUAUCGAAUCAAAUCGUUUCUCCUCGUCUCUCUCCAUCAGCGUCAAAUCAAAGUCCGACGAUAUCCGCCGCGAGCUCAAGACGUCCUUUGAUCUGGACCCGCUCGACCAUGCAGCUUUGGCUACUUUGUUAUCUACUCACUUUGUCCGCCCGCUUCUUGCACUUGCAGCCGUUUUAUCUCACUCAGCUACACAGCACCAGCUUGACAGCAUCCACCAACAUGUGAACCUCGAACUGCACCCUCACCUUUUCAGCGACUCGCUUGAACUCCUGCGACGCUCAGCUUUGGCCAAUGCGGGCCUCCCGAUCGGUUCGCUGCAACUACUCUCGACGCACGCACACGCUCACAAUGCUAAGCCAGCCAUUCCAACCCCUUCGUCGUCGAUGAUGAACGUCUCGGCAAGCGUCGAAUCCGAUGACGAUCGAGAUACGGAAAUGCUUUUUUUUGGCCCACCAGGGCUCCAGUCACCCCAUCUUUGGCCUAGUAGCCGCAAUGGAAUGCACAAAAAUCUAGACGGACAGCAGCAGCCAGCAUCGCCUGGUCUCAGCCAGGAGCUGAAUUCGGAUGAAGGUGACCGUACUCUUACUGCGCCCCGUGCUUCUGCCUCAAGAGCUCACACGACAAAUUCUGAACAUGCUUUGUCUCCACCUAGACUACAGCCGCAGAGGCAAUCGCCAGCGGCCGCUGUCAAUGAGGACGACGAUUCGGAUACAAGUGAGGAGCAAGAGAGCCUACUUGUUUUUGGCGCAGUCCAGCGCGAUUCGUCUUGGUCAUCAUCGUCAUUACAACAACAACAACCAAGCCCACCGAUAUCCAAAGCUGAGCAGGAUCAGCUCGGUACGACCCGAGGCAUCUUCGACCCCAACCUCGCUGAUUCACAAACAAAACCCGAGAUCACUCCACCACCUGCAUCACUCGCACCUUCGUGCUCACAGACUAGCCCAUCCAGAAACAAAGCGCUACGCGAAGAGCAGCAGCGGCGACGCGAGCAGAUCGCCAGAAUUAAACGAGGUCAGGGCGAUAAUCACGAUGGCGCAUCAGCGUACCCACUUUCUUCCUUCUCGUCCCACCCCGGAUCGAGACCAAGCGCGGCGACCCGCAAACGUGCUCGUUUCUAG